AUGUGUUCUUCGAUUGCUGGCGAAGGGGCCCUUGAUCUGACUGAGCUGCCUCAUGAAGUUAUCGAUCUGUCGCACAGCAACCCUGUCGACCUUAGCGGUGCUCAUCCGCAUGCGUCAAGAUCUACGCUGUGGGAGCCUGAGCCGGGUUUCAGCUUCACUGAUCUUCUCAAUGUGGAUGAUGAGGAUCCUAGAGGCCUUCUUUUAGGCGGCGAAUUCGAGGUUGGAUUGGAUUUACGACUUCCUGAACCUCUCUGA